AUGACGUCUCUUCGGAUAGAUUAUUAUGGGCUAUCGAGGAUUAUUCAGGCAGAGGGCUGAGGGAAAAAAAUAGCUGCGAGGUUGAAGUAAACAUGGAGCUCUCAGCCGUCGGGGAGCGGGUCUUUGCCGCCGAAUCCAUCAUUAAACGGCGCAUAAGGAGAGGACAGAUGGAGUAUCUGGUCAAAUGGAAAGGCUGGUCUCAAAAAUACAGCACCUGGGAACCAGAAGAGAAUAUUCUGGAUGAGCGUCUUUUUGCUGCUUUUGAAGAAAGAGAGCGUGAGAGGGAGAUGUAUGGGCCAAAAAAGAGGGGACCUAAACCAGAAACAUUUUUAAUGAAGGCAAAAGCUAAAGCAAAAGGCAAAAACUAUGAGUUCAGACGAGAAAUGUCUCGAGAUUUACGCGUGUCAUUUCCGGUAGCCGAACCGGUUGUGACGCCCAGGGCGCGUGAGGGACUACGAACAGUUGUGCCAACGAUUUUUCCACCAAGCACCAUCAACAGAGGCGAAAGCGUUCGCAUGCGUCCACCGGACCCUGAGAGAGACCCAUUGACGCAUGAGACAUCGAUGGAUUUUGCCAGCUCACCAAAAAAGCGAGGACCAAAGCCAAAGUUGCGUCCGGGAGGUUCAUCCACUGAAGUUGUUAAAAGAAAGGCAGAUGAACCGUUGUCUUAUCGGCCUUCCAAAACAGAGAGAUCAGGAGAGACCUCAAACUGUGAUAUGAUCCAUUUAACCCAAAAAUUUCAAGCAGAAUCCAGCCAUGUUCAGAAGCAGAUGGGAAGCAGGUCAAGUGAUGUCAAAUUCGCACAUGGUGGCACCAUCUUAAAAGCUCGGCUUGGUGUUUUGGGACAUCGAAGGAAGGACAAGAUGAAACAUCCUCCCAAAAACAGUCUAUUUCGAUCCACCAGUCAAACCAGAGAGCAGCUGUCUCUGAGUUUUGUAGACGACACCGAUCAGUCCUGGUUGCCUUGUUUGAAGAACAUGGAGAAAAUUAUUGUUACUGACGUAACAAGUAACUCUUUGACUGUAACCAUAAAAGAGAGUUCAACGGACAAAGGUUUCUUCAAAGAAAAGAGAUGAUGUGAUUUUAGUUGGUGUAUGUACGUGUUUGAAAUAUUGUAAUCAAAUUAGAAACAACCUACAUUUCUAUAUCAUUAGUCUAUAAAUGUAAAGUCUUGCAAUCAUGUACAUAAUGCAAAAAAAAAAAAAAAUUAUAUAGUUUAUGUUUAGCCUACAUUUCCAUUCACAUUUUCUAUGAAAAUGAAGUUUAUUUUUCUAUUUCCCAAAUUUUAUGUAAGUACACAGGUUGGUUCCUUCUUUUGGUUGCCUUCUUCAGCUUUAUUAUGAAUGUAGGUGUAGAUGCUGUUAACACAUAUUAACGUUUCAACUUAAUGCACCUUUUUAAGGGACAUGUUUAGUCCCUUUUUUAUGAACUUACGGUAUUUUUUCUGGUUAGAUUUUGUAUAUAUUUGAAGGUCCAAACAGUAGUCUGUAUUAAAGCACACCCUUUAAAAAAGUGAAGGGAAAUAAGCUGCAUAUAUAAUUAUACCCGGUUUAGGCUUAUUGUAGGCCUAAAUAUUCAAGGCACAAUCAUUUAGGGUUUAGAAUCGUAUUUCGUUUUUUUUUCGUUUUUGCUGUUCAACAUAUAAUUGAUGUGGAUGUUAACAUUUAAAUAUGAAGCUGCUUUACGAUCCUUUCCCCCUUCAAAAACGGAAAAAAACUUGUUUGGUACAAAUCAUUUCUAACUCGCGGAAUGCUUAAGUGAGCUCGCAGCCUGGUUAAGUGAUGAAAUUAAACGUUUUAUUAAAAAUAAGUGAUGUUAACCUGUUUAAUUAACGGGUUAGUGUAAACAAGAGUUCAGUAUUUUUGCAGAGAGAACAAUGUGUGUCAAAUCGAAAAUAAAAAUUGUAAUGUCUGUAGAAUUGAUUCAAAACGCAUUGCUUACGCAUAAUAAUUAAAAAUUUUCAUGCUUGCACAUCGUUUCUCUCUGGCUUUACAUUUUUAGUCAUUUAAUUAACACUUUUCUUUAAAUCCGAAUGCCGUUUAAGUCGGGGUUUUCAUUACGGACUGAGUUUAUUCUAUAAACAACUAAUAAAAUAAAUAGUGAACCGAUGUAUAAUAUUUUAAACAGCAUGUCGGCGUGUUCUGACAAGAUUAGAUAAUCAUCUGAGAGCCUUUUACGCUGUUUUAAUUACAUUCGGAAAUAUUAUAAAUUGUUCAGGAUAUUAUAAAUUGUCAAGGAGGAAAACAAGCUGGCGACUGGUCAGAUCCAAUCAUUCGUCCUAGCUCUCAGAUAUUGCCUCCGUUUCUUAUUUCUAUUAUAUAAUACAUUAUUAUAUUAUACACAUAAACUAUAUAGUGUAAUGAUUAAAUACAGUUAUUUUAUUUUAUACAUUUAAUUAGCUCUUAAGAAUAAUACGCCACCGCACUGCCAUAUACGAGUGUCGUAGCAAAUAACAAUUUGUAAUUUCUGUAUUUUUAUUUUUAAAGAUCUCUAAAGACAGAAAUUCUCUCAGACUGGUGCUUAAUGUCUGAACAAACUUCACUAUCAGAUAUUGUCAAUAUUUUUAAAUAAUUGCAAAAUAAAACGCAAAAUUUGACUUCAUAGCGGCGUGAUUUCAAAUUAAAACGUAUAAAAUUUAGUAAUAAUGCUAAGCGCUUGUUGAGGAAGUUCAGUCCACCAAAAGCCACAAGAUGUCGCCAUGAACUUGAUACAGCAGAUCCAUAUUGCUCUUAAUAAUCCCUUUAAUUGCGUCUAUCACUGAUAUACUGUGAUUCUUGCUUCAAAAUUAAAUAUUCAAAAAACAUAAACAGUCACAGACUGCUCAGUGUGUCAAAUGUCCCCGUGUUUGUACUGUAUACUUUCAUUGGUUUCAUUUUGGACUAUCUGUGUUGUUUUGUAAUUCAAAUGUAAAAAUAAACAUCUGAGACAUUGGGAUUUCAACACGCAACACUGAAAUAAAUGUGAAGUUAAUUCUAA